AUGCCAAAGCAUUCUGUAAUUGCAUGGAUGACUGCUCUUGGCAAAUUAAGAGCAAAAGAGCACUUGUCUCGAAUUGGAAUUGCUAUAGACAACUUAUGUGUGAUGUGUGGUCUACAAGAGGAGAAAAUUGAGCAUAGUUUCUUCAAAUGUAUAUUUAGUCAACAAUGCUAUGUGAAGAUUUGCAAGUGGCUAGAUAUUCAAACAUCUCCUAUGGAUCAUAUUAACAGAUGCUGGAGGAUAUGCAAGAGAAAAUUCACAACCAAGAAAAAGAGGAGCAUUUGUUUUGCCGCAUUAGCUGCCCUUGUCUAUCAAAUAUGGUAUGCUAGGAAUUGUGCUUACUGGGAGAAAAGCGUUCCAUGGCCUGAUGUAAUUGUUAAUGUUGUUAUGCAUAAUGUCUGUAAUAGAGUUAGGCAGUUAAUUAAUGAGAAAUGGAGCCAAGAUUGGAAAGUGUGGCUUGAGAGUCUAGUAAGACGACUGAUUUAG